AAUAUUUAGUUUGUGUGCUUCAAUUGUUUCUUUGCCAGUUUGUCUUUGUACCUCAUGUUAAGUGUCCCAGCCUUGUGCUGGUGUUUUUCCUGGACCUUUGGACUUGUUUCCCUGUUUGUACUACUUCUUUGGAUUUGACUUUUGCUUGCCUCACCAUCCUGUCAUCUUUGUGCCUUUUUGUUUAAUAAAUGUCACUAAACUACACCCAUUCUCCCUAUGCAUCUGCAUUUGGGUCCUACUCCUGCUUUCCUGGUUCCCUGGCUUGACUACCCUACAACUGCAGAAGAGGAUAACUUCUUGAAAAUAGCCUCCACUGUCUAUAACAGCCCUUUAUACCCUGGAGACACUUUACCCUUUGGAGAAAUGUUUAACUCCUUGUCAACUUUUUGAAAGUCACACAAGCAACUGAGGGCAUGAGGUCAUGAUUGGUUUGACUGACAGUGAGUGUAAGACAACACCGCAUGCGGAUGAGGAAGUGCGUCUUGUCAGUCUUCCCCUGUAACACUGCAACCUCCACAGGAGCCAGGAGGAGUUUUAGGAGGGCAGAAAAUACAGAGCUCCUACCUGAGCCACGGAUCACCUGCAAAGCGAAAGAAGAAACACAUCUGUUGGAUUUUGUAAUCUGUUCCACUUUCUUCCACAUUUGUCUUCCAUCAGCAAAGAAGAUGGCAUACAGAGGCAGCGUAAGACCUUUCGUCAACUUCAACGCCAAACACGAUGCUGAAAUCCUCCAUAAAGCUAUGAAAGGAAUCGGUACGGAUGAAGAUGCAGUCCUCAUGCUUCUGACUGCACGCAGCAACGAGCAACGUCAGGAAAUUAAGGCAGCUUACAAAAAGGCCUACGGAAAGGACUUGGUCAGCGCUUUGAAAUCGGAGCUCGGUGGGCUGUUUGAGAGUCUGAUUGUGGCCUUGAUGACCCCUCCUAUCUUAUUUGAUGCUUCCCAACUGCACAAGGCUCUCAAGGGCGCCGGGACUGAUGACAACGUGCUGAUUGAGAUCCUGGCCUCCAGGACCGGCGAACAGAUUAAAGAUAUCAUUAAAGUGUACAAGAGAGAGUUCAGCGGCAAGCUGGAGAAAGAUAUAUGCAGUGACACCUCAGGGCACUAUCAGAAACUACUGGUGAUCCUCCUGCAGGGGAACAGGGAGGAGGGAGUAGACGAGGGAAUGAUCGAGAAAGACGCUAAGGACUUGUAUGCUGCUGGUGAGGGCAAGUUUGGCACAGAUGAGGAAAAAUUCAUUACAAUUCUUGGCAACAGGAGCGCAGAGCAUCUAAGAAAAGUGUUUGAUGCCUACAAGAAGCUCUCUGGCCAUGAUAUAGAGGACUGCAUUACAGGAGAGACCACUGGGAAUUUGGAGAACUUACUGCUAGCAGUUGUAAAAUGUGCCAGGAGUCUCCCAGAUUAUUUUGCUGAAGGCCUGUAUAAAUCUAUGAGGCGCGCUGGAACUGAUGACGAUACUCUGAUGAGGAUAAUGGUGUCGAGGAGUGAGGUGGACAUGUUGGACAUCAGAGCCAGCUUCAAAAAGACAUAUGGGGCGUCUCUUUACACCACUAUCCAGGAGGACACAGCUGGGGACUACCAGAAGGCUUUACUUUACCUCUGUGGUGGGAAUGAUUAAUGUUGUUUUACAAUGUGUUUAGCAGCGCUGAAUGAUGAGCCACCGUGUUGCUGCGAGACAGAGCUACACGUGAGUUUAUUGAUCCAGAGUUGUUGAUUCUUUCUGACUUGAUUUGAAUUAGUGUGAAUUAGUUUGACUUAUGACAAUAUCCUCUGCAUGAACAGCAAAGAGUGCAUUCACUUAAGUUAUUUCAUUUUUGUUUAAUACUAGACACAAUUUAAACAGCUCCACAAUGAGUGCAGGUGCAGUUUUGAUUUUAAUGUAGAGAAUAAUGGUAGCUGUGCUUGAAUAAUUAAAUAUGUGGUUAUUUUUAAACACUUAAAUUGUUUUGCUUUAGUCAUGUGGCCCUGUUUUUUUGUCAUACAUACAAUGUUUGUAGUUACCUUACAGUGCACAGUGCUCACAGCAUGUGUUAAAUGGAACUUACAAAAUACAAUACUGCUGCUGAAUUAUUAAACCCUACAUGUCGACAGCGCUCCCGCCCUCAUUAAUUACAAAUGAACUGCUGAUCUAGACUUGAAUUGCAAUGCGGCUGUCCCUGAUCAAAAAGUAAUGGGACACUAUUAGACAUUCGUUGACUCAUAUAAAGAAAUCUACUGCCUCCAUGUCUUUCUGCAUGAAGGAGGCUGAAGUCAAACAAAUUGGGUCCUUAGAUCAAUAGAUGGGAAAUUACUUCGCUUUGCUGGAGUUGUACCACAGGGUGGCAGCAAAGUCUGAGAUCAGCAGACUGUUUCUCCACAUUGUUUUCAUUUAUAUUUAUAGCACAGAAAUAUUUUACCUCGAAAAUAUCUGAAUUUGUGUUCUCCCUCUUUGAAAAUAAAGUUUUUGAAAUAGCACAACUUGA